AUGAAAUCUCUUGUUAAAAGACCUCUUCCAGCACAUACACGAUAUAUCCAGUUUAGAUGCGAAGAAUUCAAAGGCUUAUAUAAGCUGACUCCAUCAGAGGUCGUCGAGCUUAUGCUUGAUGAAUGAAGAAAUUUAUCAGAAGACGAAAAAUUACCUUAUCUGAACGCAGCAAAAGAAGAACGUGACGAUUUUAAUAAAAAAUGAAGAGAAGUUGAAGCAGUUGGCGUUGACAGCUUUAUGAAAACUAUUAAAGAAAAGCGACAGGAAAAUGAAAUUGAUUCUGAAUUCCAAGAAGACCCUAUUCUUGCAAUUAUUAAUCAUAAGAGAAAUUGGAAGAAAACUUGGGGUAAGAAAAGGAUACUAGAGAGUAAAAGGAAAAACGGCAAUUUUUGUUAUAAUGGAAGGAAAAAAAUGAAACUGAAAUUGAACUAA